GAAGCACGUUGGACUUUCACGGAUCGAGGCGUGUAAAAAUGUGGAUGUAAAAUGUUUCACGUUGUUCUGCUCCAUCACGCCGCUUAGACGAUGGAGUGAGUGGUGGCGAAGCGGCUCGCGAGGGGAUAUGGGACCCUGCAGCUGCUGCUAGCGCAGUCAUAUUCUCAUAAAUAUUCUCAUAUGCGUUCUCAUAUAUCUCGUAAUCUGUUGCCGCUGUUAGCUGCACUUGGCAGAGCAAACGUGCCUAACAUUCACGAUCACCGUGCGCGCGUGUGUUGCUAGGUCAUGGGUAAGUCCAAACAGGUCGGGAACCACAAAAGUGAUAAAAAGAAAAACAUUGCAAAGACGUGGAAGACGAAGCGGAGGACGAAGGACUUGGACCAGAUCCACGCGGACAUGCUUCCGGCCAACGCUGCGAAGCUGCUGCAGCAGGAGGUGGACUAUGACGUCACGGGCUGCGCGCAGCACUACUGUUUACACUGCGCGCGAUACUUUGUUAAUCUGAAAACCCUGAAGGAGCACUUCAAGACGAAGGUCCAUAAAAAGCGGCUGAAGCAGUUGAGGGAGGAGCCGUACACGCAGGCGGAGGCGGAGCGAGCAGCGGGCAUGGGCUCCUACGUCCCGCCCCGAUCCGUGGAGGUGCACACCCAGCAGGUGGAGGAGCACAUGGACAGCACGGAGGCCCCGGCGUAACCCCGCCACUGACACACAGAUGCAUCGCUGCUUUUGGCUUGCCACUUCCAGAAGAACAAAUGCAUACCAGUCCUGCGGGGCAUUCUGGGAAAGCAACCCCUUGUUUUGUGGACUUGAUGAUUUUGUUGCGUGCUUGACAGAAAGUGGCGCGUCUCGCUUUAGGCCGAGGUGCUGGUGUUUCCCUGGAAACAGGCCAGCAGCUUUGGGCUGCUCACACCUCUCCAGGAUAAACUGAUGUGGGCUUUAUUCUGCCUGGCAGGAUUUGCUUGGCAGGACUGAAUGAACACACAUGGCUACAUAUGUAAAUAAAAAUUAAAGAACUGUUUAAUCAGUGUUG